AUGCCGCCCACUACACCCCUCUCAUUCAUGAAGGUCAAAAAGCUCCACGGCAAGCACCACUCCUAUUCCCCUUCCGCCGUACUCCUCGGCUCCUGCAACCUCAGCAUCCGCUCUUUGAUCCCCGAGCUUGCCAUUCGCCGAGCCGACUGUGCCUACAUGAAGUACAUAUUCACAUCUGCCGGCAAUGAGCAGAUCUUACCCAGGCCCUUACUGAAUACGCUUGGCACCCUCCCGCCUGGUUACCGCUUCGGCCCUCUCCGUCGGCCGAAGGAUCUUCAGUUGGCAAUUGACCGGACGACUAUACCGAGGACAGUGGAAACACUGGCGCUAUUGCCAAGCAGAGCGGUGUUCUUUGAAGAUGAGCCAGAACCUGUCGCUUGGGGCUUCUUAGGGGUUGACGCUAGCUUGACGAGCUUGCAUACCGAGCCGCAUCAUCGAGGAAAGAAUUUGGCUGUCUUGCUGGCGAGGGAACUGUUGAGGAUGCAGGGCCAAUAUUUUAGUGCACGGGGUUUUGAGGCGCGUGGGGAUGGGAGCGUAGAGAAUGGAUCCCAGCUUGGACAUGCUGACGUUGGAGAGGAUAAUUUGGGAAGUAGAAGGGUGAUGGAGAAGGCGGGUGCGAGGCCGUUGUGGAAGGUGUGUUGGGUGGAGGUUGAGCUUGAGACGUUAUUCGGAGAGGAUGGCAUAUGGCGUAGUGCGCGAAGGGGAGCAAUUUCUUAG